AUGACGUUUGUACAAAUAUUGUUCGUUUGUUUCGCGCUCAUCGUGACAUCAGGUGCGAAAGAAUGCGGUAUAAACGAAGUUCUGGACGAUUGUCCCGUCGACUGUCCUUACGAUUAUUGUCCCAAGAACGAACUUCAAGAUCGUAUUCCGUGUCCGAAGCCAAAGCAAUGUCCUCCGGCGGACUGCAAAUGCGGUUUUAAUUACCGACGCGAGAACGGAACCUGUAUCCCAACAACUGAGUGCCCUGCCUUUCCAUGCACUGGUCCCAACGAAAUAUACGACCCAUGUCCACCAUAUUGCCCCGUCCAAGACUGCAGCUCCGCCACCCCAACUGCGGAGUGUCCAUACUUCCUCUUCAUCGUGAUGCGUGCCUUAUCACGAAUGCUAAUACACGAAGAAACUGUUUGGCAUCAAAGUCAGCUGUUCUUUACCAUUUAA